AUGAUAAAAAGCCCUUUGAAGGAAACGAAGAAUAGAAUUCUGCCAUUUAGUUAUGAUAUUAAAUUAAAAAUAUCGGUUUUUUUACAGAGGGAUCCUGAGUUGGAGAAACAGGCUUUGGACUGGAUGGAAGAAGUAAUGGGAGAGAAAAUUGACAGAAGCAAGCCAUUUGAAGAUGUUUUAAAAGAUGGCAUUAUUUUAUGCAAUUUUAUGAAUAAGAUGAUGCCUGGUUGUAUUAAGAAAAUUGAUAAAAAGGGGGGAGGAUUCGCUCUGAUGCAGAACAUUGAAAGAUUCAGUGCUGCAGCCAGACAAUAUGGUGUGCCGCCAAACGAAUUAUUUCAAACUGUUGAUUUAUGGGAAAGAAAAAAUAUACCACAAGUUACCUUAUGCAUCCAUGCAUUGGGUAGAAUUGCCCAAACUAAACCAGAAUGGAAUGGACCAAUUUUAGGACCUAAAAUGGCUGAAGCACACAAACGUGAAUUUACACAGGAACAAUUAGAAGCGGGAAAAUAUAUCCAUUCUUUACAAAUGGGUUCAAAUGAGGGAGCCAGUCAGGCUGGUUUAAACAUGGGAAAACAGAGAAUGAUUAAUGAUUAGAUUCGUAUGAAUUUGCAUAAACAGGCAUAUUAAUUAUGUAAAUAAAUUAUAAUACUAUUAGGUACUAAAUUAUUAGGCAUAUUAAUAGAUACUUUAUUUAGUAAUCUUAGUUUAGUAUUUAUCUGAAUGAUGCCGGCGUUAAGUAAAUAGUGUGUCAUUUUUGCCUGUUUUACCACCGUUGUUAAUAGAUUUUGUGGACACUUAUGCAAAAGAGAAAAAGAUCUUUUUCCGUAUUUAUGUAAACGUCUAUUUCAGAUACCUGUUGUGCCACAUUUACUGAUUCUUCAUUAUGAAACACCACGUCAAAAAUUUCCUAGGACUUCCAUAUUAUUAAACUAUUUAUUUUUAACGUAUCCAUUUUUAGUUUUGAUACUUAUUUUUAUUUUGUGUGGGUUUUGUUUGUCUGUUGUUUUUUGUUUGUAAUUAAUAAAUAUGUAGAUAAACAAUUAAUACUUGUGACUUUAACAUUAAUGCCAAUAACCAGUUGACAGAUCUAGUUUUAAAACCAAUAUGUUUUAAAUCCCGAGACAUUAUCUUAAGUUACCUGACUAGUGCUGAUAUGUGUAUGAGAACACAUUCUUGAUAAUCUAUACAUCAACGAUUAGGAUUCUUCAAAUUAUCCCAAUUGAGACUCCUUUUGAUGCAUGCCAUUGAAUAGUAUAUAUGGCAGAUCUGGGCAAUUAUAUUGUCAAGAGUAUUGGCAAACAAUACUCAUUAAAUCCAGUUAGAGAAUCUUGAGCAAGUUACUUGCAAAACGAUUGUUUUGGAAACUAAAGUUUUAUUGACAAUAUCGAUAAUGAAUAUUCACAAAUAAAUAAAUAAAGAAUGAAUGAGAGUGCAGUUUACAAUAAAUAUAGGCUCCAUAAAAUACUUAGUAUUUAUACAUAGUUGAAUAUUCACUGGAUAAUCUGGAUUUCAGUCCGUGACCAAAAUAAUCUGGGUCAAAUUGCAUGAUCUUAUGGUGUAGCUCUUCACCAACUUUUCAAGCCUUUCCUUACAUUGUUGAAAUAAAAAUAAGAUUUUUACUUUUAUUUGUACAAACCCCAUGAUCAUGAAAUUUCACUCAGAGUUUAAAGUAACUGUGCUUAUUCUAAAUUAUGUUUCCUUUUCAUUUAAUUCAUCUUUUUGAUCACAAAAUUCUCUUUCAAAGUUCUAUUUUUUACUUGCAUAUUAUCAUUCCAUAUUAUCAAAAUACUUCACAAAUCAGUUCACAAAUACAGUUAAUACAGCCCUCAAUUCAUAGUUUAUAAUGUUAGUCAUAUCUCCUGGUUCCUGACAAAGAAACAGAAAAAGUCUUUUUUGGUUUGAAUUGGAAUAAUUGUACUUCAUUAACCACAUAGAACUGAGAAUAAAAUUGACUUUCAUACCAUUUACAAAAAGCUUUACAUGUAAGCAAACAUUUACAAGUCCAUAUUGUAUUAUAUAUAAUAAAACAAUUUACAACGAAUAUAUAGAUCAAUCACAAGAAGGUAAGGAAUGGAGGGAAGGCGUGAAUGAAUAAAUAAAAACACAGGAAUAAAUGUCAACAAAUGUAUAGUGUUAAAGCUCCCUCCAAUUUAAUUAUUCCAAAAAUCACAACAUAAAAACAGUGUACAAUUAUCGUUG